UGAGUGCGGCUGCGGCGCUGCGCCGCGCAGUAAGCGACUACAUCGCUCGUACACUGACGACCGUUCUCACCUUUAUUUUAAAUAUAAGCAUAGUAUCCAAUCAACUGUUCAUGGUAGCUUAACAAAACAGAACUAUGGAGUUUAUCAACAUCACUAAUGUAUUAUUCAUGUGACUCGAUUCAACAUCAUAUUAGCGAAACAACAGUCGACGAAGAAAUAUUAUUAGUGUAUUAUAUUGUUUGAGACAGAGUAGUCUAAAUAACCGUUUAUACUCGUGAUAAUGAUACUUUAUCGAUAACGAAUAUCUUCAUUUCUCGACGACAUCUCACUUUUAGCGGUGAGUGUUGCGAAAUUGUUAUCAACUUGUGCUCUAUACUUUAAAGUUUUAAAUUUAGUGUAUAGAGUAUUAAGAAAACGAGAAAUGCAUAAAAGUGAAGUGAAAAGCAAGUGAGUUAUAGUGAAAAAUGGUGAAAAGAAUUGGUAAUAAAUUUACGCUAUCCGAUUUAUGGGUAACUUCAAAUGAAAAGCUGAGCGACUUUUACUUGACGUCAUGGCAACGGGGAGAUUCAGCAGUACCGAUGUUGCUGGUGCGGUUGUUUUUGAGCAUGGUCACUGUGGGAAUCUUAGUAUGGUCACUGAUUUCUGGAGCUAGUCCCUAUUGGUUAAUAUACCUUACAAACUGGGGCCUACUUUUAGUAACAUCAUUGACUCUUAGUAGUCUAUUGGUGUCAUGUCUUGCAGUUGGCAAUAAAUUACCUGAUGGAGGCAACUUGCCGUGGUACGUGAGCUUAUACUGGCUCCUUUACAACAUCACUGUUUCCAUAGCUAUAAUGAUAACCGCUCUCUAUUGGAUUCUACUGUUUAGUCCAGAAAUUAAAGCGGAACAAACUCCUGCUCAAUUCUGGUUGGACGUGGCGACCCACGGAUUCAAUUCUUGUGUGGCCUUUGUUGAAGUUAUUCUGUCACGUACUCCGCUCCACUUUGUGCACAUCUACCAACCCCUUGGCAUAGGGUUGUGGUAUGCUAUGUUCUCGGCCAUUUACUAUUUAGCCGGAGGUACAGACAGCAUUGGUAACCCUUUCAUCUACGAGGUUUUGGAUUGGAGGCAAUCAGACCGUGCUGGGGUGAUAGUCGCAAUAUCAGCGGCUAGCCUUAUUAUGCUAUACACAGCAUUAUGGGGUCUAAGUAUAUGCCGAGAUAAGUUGUCUACAUUACUCAUUCGGACUACGAGCCUGAGUCUCCCUCUGACGCCUCCCGAUAGGCACACGGCAACUGGGAUAGUAUGACAUUACGAAUAUAAUUGUUAAGAAUAGGUACUUAAAUAUUUUCAAUCAAAUAUAUUGGAAAAUACAAAUCCUGAAACAUUCCAGAGGAUAUUUUGAAGUCCUAUUGAUUCUUUUCAAAAGAUCGCUACCUUAUGUUUCAAUUAUAGUCAAAUUAAUGGACAAUGCAUUUUUUAUGACAUAAACAGUUACUCAAUGCUGCUCUUUAAACAAUAACGUCAAAAUAGAGUGCAGGGUUUUUAUAAUAUUAAAAUAGACUUGUGAUUCGUAUUUCUUAUUUCAAGCCAGUUUUAUGAAAAUAUCCGAGCAGACCUAUUCUGUAAGAGCAAACUCGAAACUCGCAGUACACAAUCAUAAAAUGUCAGAAAGUUAUAUGCGACGUUGACUAAAAUAGAUAUAACUUAUAACACUAAAAUGAUCUUCUUAAAAUCAUCAAAAUCACCAUAAGUAAGUUAGAUACAAAGUGAAUUCAGAAUAGGUCUGUUACACUGAGUGUAUCUCGUGGCUCCGUUUCUUUAUGAUAACAAGAUAAAAGUAUAAAAAGAGCAGAUUUUUACGCAAAUAAUAUUCAAUUUGUCCAUAGUUAGUUCAUAUUACAAAUUUGUUCGCAUUUUUAUUGUAUUAAUAAUAACAUUAAUUACGGAGCUACAUUAUAAGACUGAAGUUUAAAAGACUGACUCAGGGCAUCAAAAACACUACUGUCAUGAGUCGUCAACAUCAAUAUCCGCCUGCCCUUUUAAAUGACAUAUAAGAUUCGAAAUUUACAUUUACAUUAGCCUUGAGCAAGAAUUGUACAUAUUUCACAACUUAUCUCGUACUUAAUUACAUGGCAUAUUUCUUAUUAUAACUUUUAAUGAUCAUUAAUGAGACAUUUUUUAUGUUAUAGGUAUGUAUUGUACCUAAACUUUAUAGUAACACUAAUUCUAAACUCAAAGAGUCUAUCUAUUGAGGAAAUUCCCAGCCACAGAGGUAAUAAAUCGUAUAAUUAAUCUUCCCGCCCAAUAUUUGAUCAAAACACAAAUAAGAUAUAAACGAACAAAAUAAUUAUUUAACAUUAAAUUAGAAUGUACAAAAGCAGCCUAUGUCAUGGUUUGUUCUCGUUAUUAAUCUAAAAAAGGCCAUGAUAUGGACGGUCAUUCACGUCACAAAGGACAGAAUCGGACCUAUUAAAUGAAAAGAAAGAAAGACAGAUAACCUUUUAUUUUAAUUUAUAGUAAGACAACAAAUUUGUAGGUUUUAAAAUUAUUGUUUAAGUACUAUUUUUAGUAUAAAAUGUUAUCUAGAUAAGCAUUUCUGUAUUGAUUGUCGUCCUAUUUCGGAUUUUAUGCCUACUUACUACUAUAUCGACGACGGCGAUCAUCAUUCUUAUAGAAGAUAAUCGGAAUAAUGUAACUUAAGCAACACUCUAGGUAUCUGUCGUAAACCUCUUCGUAUUCAUUUCGGUUCGUGACGAAAAUAGCACGUAGAAAUACAAUCGAAACUUGAUUUUAUUAAUUUUAAUCGAUGUUAACUAUUAAUCAAUGUAGGUAAAAUUUAACAUCGUUACCAACAUAAUUAUUUACUCGAAGUAAUUUUAUAGUACAUUAGUUACAUUAUAUUUAGUAAUUUACAAGUUACACGUUUUCAUUUAUGAAUCAUAAAUCUCAGUUUGUUGCCUUUAUGAUGUAAAUACAAAAACAUUCCAUCACUACUUAUAGGCAAAAUAAUUAUAUGAUAAUGAUAGUAACUUUUUCUAUAAAACUACCGGUGUCGAUUUUGUUGUUCACAUUCUCUCAUUUAAAACUUAUUUAGAAUAUUAUAAAUAUGUUUAGAAAAGUGUUACCUGCUUAUCUAGCGAAAUUUGUAUGAACGCUUGAGGCAGUGGGCUAAUAACGUUGGGCAAAAGACUGAUGACCAUUGGAUCAGAGAAGUCCUAAAUUGAAGACCGUGGAUCUGCAAAAACAGCACGCAGAGCCCUGAACCUAUGACCUCAAAAAAGAAGAGGUCUCGGUUGGUUGCAGAAGAGAGAGCUGGGAGUUUAGGAGCACCUUGGAGACGACUAUCCAGAACUGGACUGCGGUUGACCAUGAGAAGAAAUAUAAGACCACUUUGUCCUGAGUGUGUUUAAGCCUGGCAAGUCAUUAGUGACUUUAUUUUUGUCAAUUUAGUUCAUUUAUAGAUUGUGUAAAACAGAAUCGACGUUAUUAUAUAUUAUUAUAGCCGAACCUUUGUUCGAUUUUCAUCACAUGAAAAUUUGAUAUAAGGUAAAAACUUAUUGAAACCCCUGUAUAUAUUAUUGUAUACAUUUCAAGUUUCCCUAUGUAAAUAUUUAGGUUUUUAUUUUGUGAUAAUAGCAUUGAGUUGUUUCUUUUUUAUUAUAUUAUAAAUCAAUAUUAUAUUUUCUUCGAAAAAAUUAUGUUAAAGCAAUAAAACACAUUUUUAUUCAAAACAUUUAUUUCCUAUAAUAUAGCAAA